AUCCAUAUGAGAUUCUUUUGUUUCUAGUAAUUAUAAAAUAUUUUCAUAAGAAAAGAUAUUAUAUUACUCUAUUUAAAGAUGGUAGCAGAGGAUAGAAGACCUAUACACCAAAACAAAGUAGACUAGAUACAGCAUCAUCAGUUCAUCAAACAAUGUCAAUGUCAAGAAUUGGUGAUUCCCAGAAGAGAGCAGUUGCACAUGUAGCUCUGUUUCCUAGUGCAGGAAUAGGCCAUUUGGUCCCAUUUCUGAGAUUGGCAGCCAUGCUUGCUUCUCCUAAUUGCCAAUGCAGAGUUACGUUGAUUGCUGUUCAGCCUCCAGUUUCUGCUGCAGAGUCCAACGAAUUGUCUACCUUCUUUGCUUCCCACCCUCAAAUCAAUCAGCUUGAUUUUCAUCUCCCAAUUCCCAGCAGUCCAUCCGAAUUUGCAGACGCUGAUAAACCUGAUCCUUUCUUUGCUCGAUUUCUAGCUAUUAGUAGCUCAGUUCAUCUCCUGCAUCCUCUCCUGGCUUCCUUAUCUACUCCGCCUCUAUCAGCCAUCUUCGCUGACUUUGCUGUUGCAGCCGAUAUCAAUCGUCUAGCUGAUGAAUUAUCUAUGCCCCUUUACAUUGUAUCCACCACUUCAGCUAGAUUUUUUUCACUUAUGGCUUGUCUUCCUGACUUGAUACUCGAAAGCAAAAGUUCGGAAGACUCUAGCAUUCAGCUUCCGGGUUUAGCUUCGGUGCCAAUUUCAAGCCUUCCUCCUCCCUUCUUUACUCCAGAUCAUAUUUUCACAGCCCACAUCCGUUUAAAUGCUCAAUUCCUCUCGAAAGCCAAGGGUAUUCUACUUAAUAGCUUUGAUUGGUUUGAGUCUGAAACAAUUGCUGCAGUAAAUACUGGCAAGGUGCUGGCUCAUUUACCUCCUUUUCUCCCCAUAGGACCAUACGAGCCUUGUAAGGCUGUCGUGAAAGCUGGCUCUUAUCUGCAGUGGCUAGAUGGCCAACCAAAUGAGUCUGUAGUCUAUGUUAGCUUUGGAAGCAGAACAGCAUUGUCAAAGGAACAAAUAAGAGAACUAGGAAAUGGACUGGAGAGAAGUGGAUGCAGAUUUCUUUGGGUAAUAAAGACUACCAAAGUUGACAAAGACGAGAGGGAAGAUCUGCAAGAUUUACUUGGCAGUUCAUUUCUUGAAAGAACAAAGAAGAAGGGGCUAGUUUGUAAAGCAUGGGUGGAGCAAGAGCAAGUUUUAGCGCAUCCAGCAAUCGGAGGAUUUGUAAGCCAUUGUGGGUGGAAUUCUGUAACUGAAGCAGCUCGUUAUGGGGUGCCUAUACUGGCUUGGCCUCUAAAUGGAGACCAAAAGUUGAACGCAGAAGUGACAGAGAAGGCAGGCCUUGGAGUAUGGAUGAGGCAUUGGGGUUGGCUGGGGGAGAACCUAGUGAAGGGAGAGGAGAUUGGGGAUCAAAUUGUCGAGUUGAUGCAGGAUAAAACAUUGAGGAUAAAGGCAAAGAAGGUGAAGGAAGAAGCUAGGAAGGCCUACGAAGUUGGUGGGAGUUCUAAGAAAGUGCUUCUGGAAAUCAUAGAAAAUCUUUGAGCUGAAGCCAGAAGAAUGAAACUUGAAAUGGGCAGAAUCCAGAUCACUGGUAGCAAAAUUUAGCUGAGAACUCCGAUAAAUUACUGUUAUCUACUGUCGUAGAAGCAAAAUUCCCACUUUUGUGCUAUUUUUUAUCCUUGAUUUGUUGUCAAUUACUCCAGAAGAUAUUUCUCUUC